AUGGAGAACGUCAACGUCUCCGAGCUCGUGGAGCGAUUGGGCAGCGAUGAAGAUGCGGUCCGGAAGAUGGCUGUCUUCAAGCUGCAGUCGAAUAUAGGGGAUCCCUCGUUUGCGGACAUAUUCAUCUCAGAGGGAGGGCUGGCCAAGUUGAAACAUCUUGCGAUGACGGCCUCGGGAAAUACGCUGGCAUACAGUCUGACUUCCUUCGCGAGGUUGCUGGAAGUCGACAAGGGAUGGGAGUUUGUAGCGACAGACCUGAUCGAGCGAAUCGUCAAACUCAUCGUCACGCAUCCCCUUGUUAAUAUCCUGCGAGGCGCCAUGUCUAUACUCGUUUCAAUUGUGUCCCACCCUCACACCUCUGGCCGCGCAUCUGUCCCUGGAAUGUUUGGCUUCCAGGCCCUCAAACCAGCCAUUGCCAUCCAUCCGCAGUUCCUAGAGAUGCUGGUGAGAAGGCUCUCUUCCGCCGAUCAUGCGUUAUGCGCCAAUGCCCUACAACUCAUUAAUUCCCUGAUGAGGGACUCCAUCUCGAACCAGAGUGAAACAGAAUGGCCCAACUUUAUCAAGCGAUUACAGGACCUGGGAGUUAUACGCGCUGUAUAUGUACUUAUGCAGGGAAGCGCGUUGCAGGACUUGGCCCACCCUCUCAUUGAGUUCCAGUCUCUUACCAAGGUGCUUCUACGGAAAUGGAGAGAGGUUGCGGUCGAGCUGGAAAGAUCAGAGCACCGGCGGGCGCUAAAGGGGAUUCACCUCGCCAGUAACCCUGAACGAGCAGAGAAGGAGACCGCCUUAGACAAGGAGUCGGGUGCAGACGCAGCCGACGACAGGCUCGGCGAUGGCUCUCUCCCGCAUAAAUCGUCCAGGAGGCACCACCCUCAGAAAUGGCGCCGACUGGGGUUCGAGACCGAGAGCCCACAGUGGGAGUUCCAGGAGAUGGGAUUCUUGGGUAUGAUGGAUUUGACGGAUUAUGUCAGGAGAUAUCAAGAUGAGUUCCAGAAGAUGCUUCUGGAGCAGUCAACCCGACCAGCCGAGCAGCGAUGUCCAAUUGCCCGCGCCUCACUGGCAGUGACCUCCGUUCUAUACGAGCAUUUCGAAGUCGACAAGGCCGAGAUCGAUGAUCCCAAAAGCUACCUCGCUCUCGAAUCCAAGACUAAUUUCGAUAAGCUAUUCAAGCCCAUUCUCCUCCACUGGCCGAGAUUGCAUGUUGCUGGUUUGCACGCAUUCUUCCGACUCUGGAAAUCCACCGAUGCCGAACUAGAAGACUUCUCCAAAAUAGUAGAACUCGUUCGGAUAUUGAUUGAAAGUGUUAUCGGUGGAGCUUCGCGUGUCAAGGACGUGCUGGAGGUUGAAGAGGAGAUGGCCGACUUCGAGUAUCACCGACUAAGAGAGCUUCAGAUGGAGCUGUUGGAGCUGACGUAUGAGGAUGUAUGGGGCCAACAUCUGCAUCAGGUUCGGGAAGAGCUUCACCACGAGGCAUUGCAGUUUGUCAAGGAGCAGCGUGUUAGGUGUCUGUUGCAGGGCGCUUGGUUUCCGAGUACCGAGUCGACUUCUAAGGCGAUGAACGAUAGUAACGGGACGUCGGACAAGCGAGCUGCCCCCGGACAUUAUAGGUAUGUCCAGCUAUCGCAUAAUCGACGACACUUGCACUACGGGGAUUUCGAAUCCAUGGGCGACGACUUCAAGCCCGAUUUGGAUUCCCUAUCUAAUAAGAUCGAUUUAAACACCGUGUCUUCCGUUGUGUCUAACGUGUCGGCCUCCACGGACGAUUCCUCAGGCUCGACGAUCAAGACCCUGCCCCAUACUUCAACUUCAUCAACCAAAAUCACCAUUCACGGACACGCUAAAUCAACCUCCUCGCACUCUCAUAGCUCCCAGGGCCUUAGUAGAUCGGACAGCAAGCCCGCUGACAAUCAAAACGACAAGGAAGGCCGGAGCGAAGUUGUCCUGCUUACUCUCUACCCCCAAUCACACAGCAUAGCAUCAGAGUGGCUGGAUGGCCUACUGAUGAUCCUCAACCAGCAGCCCAUAACAGCCGAAACAAACAAACUGAUCAACCUGAUCAGUAACUAUGGGCUGAAAAUCAGGCUGUUGAAUGUACGCUUCGAUGAUGCCGCAUUUACGGGCGACUGCCCCGAAGUUCCUAGUCGGGAGGGAUUGGAUGAAGACUAUUAUUAUGAUAUUUUUGGCGGCAGCUGA